AUGUCAGAUAAAUCGAGAGAAAUUUCGGGGAAAGAUGAGGAGCAAAAAAACUUGUAUAAAAAAAGCACUUUGCAAAUUCAGGGGAAUGUAGAAGAUAGUACGGAAUUAACUUCACUGCAAAGAACCGAUAAAAAGAGCGCAUUACAAAUUAACAUGAACGAUGAUGAUAAGGUGGAAAAAAAUGUAAGAAUUGUAGUACGAGAAGAAUCGGAAGAAAAAGAGGCAACUCAAGACAAUUUAAAUAAGGAGAAGAAAGUAAAAGUAGAAGAACCCAAGAAACGUGAUGAAGAAGAAAACGUGGAAAGGGAAACCAGUAGAGAAAAAGUUGAACGUGCAUCAAAAUCCAGGGCGCUGUUAAACAUAAGAUUUGAGGGUGCCACAUCCAAACGGCGGUCGUCAGAAGACGGAAAACAGGAAAGCCCUCCGCCAAAACAGCGACCGCAAGAAAAUGUGAAACAGGAAGCGAAACAGCAAGCGCAGGAACCAAAAGGGCAGAAGAAAGAAGCAAAACCUCAAGAAAACUUAAAAAAAGACAGUUCAAGUUCCUCGGAAUCCUCCAGCUCAUCUUCAUCCUCUCCCCCUAGUAACGAAUCCAAAACUUCCCGAGACAACAAGUCGAACUUGUUAAAUUUUCAGUUUUUUCAUCCUUCGGAGAGGGGACCCGAAGAUGCUUGGUUGUUGGAAGACACGUUUUUCGAUCGCAUGACUUACACGGAAUUUAUCCAGUUCUGGUUGCUUUUCGUGUUUUUGUGUAUAGCCGCGUGUUUCUCUUUCUGCGUCUUUUUCGUUGCUCCGCUCUCUAAAUUUAAUGUUGGUCGUCCUGGUAAGGAUGCUAAUUGA